AUGUCCAGUAGCUGUGAUCUGAAGCUAUUCCCGAGGUUGGGCUUAUGCCAAUGUUGUCAUCGAAAUGCAGGGACCAGCCGGGCCCACCGGAACUCCGCGGCCCCCGACCCUUCCUGCGGGCCUCUUUGUUCAUGUCCUUUCUUCAGGAUCACUGAUCCUCAGGAUCGCCCCAUACUUAUCGCGGGCGCUGCCGUUUUAGCGGGUGAACUGACCAGGCUAUUGAACUACUCAGACCCAGAGACUACACAUGCGAUUUCUCUCUAUAAUAUUCUUGGCGCCGAAGUGACGGCCUCGAAUCUCGUUAUCGCGUACGCCGAACCUACUGCCAAGGACGAUAUUUCCGUCACGACCGUCCAAUAUCCAAUCACCGAGAAAGAAAAGAAGGCUGUCGACAGCUGGGUGCAAAAAUUGCUUGAGCAGGCUUAUGGCAAGGCCCUUAUUGGAAAGCGCUUGAAGAUCUUGGUCAAUCCCUUUGGUGGGAAAGGCACAGCUGCAAGCUUGUACCAGACGUACGCGGCGCCGGUCUUCGCAGCGGCGAAAUGCCAGGUGGACGUGGAGCACACAACACACCGAGGACAUGCGAUUGAUAUCGCGCAAAAUCUUGAUAUCGACGCCUACGACGCGGUGGUCUGUUGCUCAGGUGAUGGAUUGCCUUAUGAGGUCUUCAACGGCUUGGGUAAGCGACCAGACGCCCACAAAGCCUUGACUCAAACUGCCAUCACAUUGCUUCCAUGUGGCUCCGGAAACGGGCUUACCUGGAACUCUUUCGGGACCGGUAGCGUCUCAAUUGCAGCGCUGGGAAUUGUCAAAGGAUUAAGGACACCUCUAGACCUCGUCUCCAUCUCCCAGAAAGACUCGCGCACACUGUCUUUCCUCUCUCAAUCAUUCGGUAUCGUUGCCGAGUGUGAUCUGGCUACCGAGAAUAUUCGAUGGAUGGGUGCUCAGCGGUUUACAUAUGGCUUCCUAGUCCGGUUGAUGCGGCAGACUAUCUGGCCAUGCGAAAUUGCCGUGAAGGUCGAGAUUGGCGACAAAGCGGCAAUUAAAGAACAUUAUGCAGCGUGGUCAACACGCCCCGAAGAGCCAGUUUCCGAUAGCAAGCGACUUGAGGCAGCUGCCCUGUCUCCAGGUCUACCGGAACUGAAGUAUGGCGGCGUAACGGAUGAUCUACCUCAGGAUUGGGUUACCAUACCAGGCGAAACCAUGGGCAAUUUCUACGCGGGAAACAUGGCGAUUAUGUCCAAGGACACAAACAUGUUCCCUGCUACGUUGCCCAAUGAUGGACUUAUGGACGUUGUCACCAUCGACGGAAGAGUUAGCCGUGGAACUGCAAUCACAAUGAUGAAUGAGAUCCCUAGUGGUCGGUUCUUUGACAUGCCAGAACUCAACCUUCGAAAGGCAUCUGCGUUCCGUCUGACGCCUCACCAGAGAGAAGGCUAUAUCAGCAUUGACGGCGAGCGGGUGCCCUUUGAGGCCUUCCAAGCCGAGGUUCAUCAAGGUUUGGGCACUAUACUCACCAAGUCGGGUCGCCUCUAUGAGGCGGAAGGUCCCCACUAA